UCCUUCGCGGCUUCCGUAGGGUGUCGUGGCGCUUGUUGAGUUGGAAGGGGAAAGUACAGCGGCUCUGAAUAGCAAGAUAAACUAAUAUUUGUUUCAUUACUUCCAAACUGUGGUUAUCGUAUAUCAUAUCAUACAGAUUUCCGGGCUAUAAUGAGGCGUGCAGGUUUGGGUGAGGGGGGCCCUCAAGGCAAUUACGUUGCGAGUGGAUACAGCUUGUAUGAGGAGGAGAACGAACAUCUACAGGAGGGACUGAAAGCUAAAGUACACGCACUUAAACAUCUAUCGAUUGACAUUGGAAAUGAAGUCAAGUACCAGAAUAAAAUGUUGGGAGAAAUGGACUCGGACUUCGACUCAACUGGAGGUCUUUUGGGAUCCACCAUGGGUAGAUUGAAGCUCCUCGCCAGGGGAAGCCAAACCAAGGUGUACUGCUAUAUGCUGCUGUUCGCCCUGUUUGUUUUCAUUGUCCUGUACUGGGUGAUCAAACUGAGGUGAUCGCAGGACCGAUGAGAUCCAGGACAUUUCGUAUGUGCCAUGCUCAUUUAGGGUACAGGAUCAGAAUUCUCACAGAGACUACAAGGAGUGUGUGACAGUGCUGAACCAUUGAGUGACAAUGUGCAAUAUGAAACAAAAAUCUGUCCCAACCCACCAAAAUUAAAGUCCCCUCAGUGCAGGGAUAAUGCUA